AUGAGCCACCAGAACAAGACGGAAGAUAUAAAUAAGCUAGAAGAAGAGGACAACUUCCGUGGCGAUCUCAGAACCCAUGCUCUCAGAAAAGUCAGCCAGCAGGAGGGCUCCUGUCCUACUGGCUCUCAGUCCUUGGAGAAGUUACGGAGACUGAGGGCCUUGGACAGCAAGCAGGAUGACAAGUUAGCCAACGUCCUGGAUGCUGUGGGGGAGUUUGGCACCUUCCAGCGGAGGCUGGUGGCCCUCACCUUCAUCCCCAACAUGCUGUCGGCCUUCUUUUUGUACGCCGAUUACUUCGUGUUCACACACCAGACACCCUACUGCAACACCAGCUGGAUCCUGGCAGUGGGUCCCAACCUCUCCGAGGCUGAGCAGCUGAACCUCACCUUGCCCCGUGCACGCAAUGGCAGCUUCCAGACAUGUCUCAUGUACUUACCUGUGUCAUGGGACCUGAACUCUAUCAUCACCUUUGGCCUUAACUACACGGAAAUAUGUCAAGAUGGGUGGAUCUAUCCUGAUUCCAAGACGCGAUCGCUGGUCAACGAGUUUGACCUGGUGUGCGGCAAUGAACCAAGCAAGGAGAUGGUGCAUACCAUAAACCUGGCAGGCAUCCUGUCAGGGUCUCUUAUCUUUGGGUCCAUAAGUGACAGGUUUGGCCGCUAUCCAGCCGUCCUGCUGUCCCUGCUGGGAAUGGCCAUCUUCGGCUUUGGGACAGCGUUUGUGGGCAGCUUUCGCCAGUAUCUUUUCUUCCGCUUCAUGGUCUCCCAGGCAGUGGUGGGCUACGUCAUCAGCAGCGUGUCCUUAGUCAUGGAGUGGCUCGUGGGUGAGCACCGGGCCCACGCCAUCAUCCUGGAGCACUGCUUCUUCGCCGUGGGGCACUUGGCUGUCUCGGGCUUUGCCUACGGAAUCCCGCACUGGCGGCUGCUGUUCUUGGUGGGUGGGAUGCCCAUGCUGCCCUUCGUCUCCUACAUCUGGAUUGUCCAGGAGUCUCCGCGGUGGCUGAUGAUGAAAGGGAAGGUGGAGGAGGCCAAGAAGGCACUGUGCUAUGCAGCCGACAUGAACAAGACACUGAUUCCCCCGAGUCUGCUGAAAGAGCUGCAUCCACUGGGGAAGAAGCUGACUAAAGCCUCUAUCCUGGACUUCUACAACAACAAGCACCUCUUCAAGGUGGUCAUGGCGAUGGGCUGUGUUUGGUUCACUGUCAGUUAUACGUAUUUCUCAAUGAACCGCAAGAUGAAACAGUUUGGGAUGAACGUCUACUUUGGACAGGUCAUCCUUGGCAUAAUGGAUGUGCCUGCCCGGCUCUGCUACAUUUUCUUCCUUGAGCAGAUUGGGAGGAAGUGGAGCCUGACUUUGACUCUCACCCAAGCCACUAUCAUAAGCUUCAUCCUCUUGUUCCUCCCGCAAGAGCUGAAGUCCACCAUGGUCGUGGUGCUCGUGCUUGGGCAGUUCACGCUGGCCUCCACCGUCACCGUGUUCUUUAUCUACACGGCCGAGCUCCUCCCGACCGUCCUCAGGUCUACAGGUCUGGGAAUGGUGUCUCUGUCGUGGGCAGCGGGGGCCAUCCUGUCCUUGACCAUCUUCAGUCAGAUCUCGUCCCAGCUGCCCAUCUUUCUCUGCUGCAUCUGUUCCAUCCUGGCUUUAUGUUUCACCUCCUUGGUGCCCGAAACCCAAGACCAGCCCCUCUACGACAGCCUUCACCACCUCUCCAGGUCGAGCUUCCAAAAGGAUUCACUUGAAGAGAACUUUAACACCUACUGGAGGGAGAGCAGGGACCUCUCACCAAUGAAGACAGGCGAGGAGGAGUCCCUGUCUGAUGACGCGUCUGACGAAGGCCUGGAGAACACCGCUCCCGAUGACCCGCCUCUGAUUCUGGACCCCUAUGACCUCUCGGACGCUGCCCCAGAGAAACCCUACGACAUGGAAGAACCCAGUCUAGAUUCCUGA